AUGGAUUUCCAUGUUAUUCACUUUGACUACGACAAUCAAAUCACGGCAGUAAAUAGUUCGAAGGUACAAUGUAAAGAAGUAUUAAAACCCGGAGAACGAUGUACUGUGCCCUUUGAAACAGAAGAUCUCUCGGAAGACGGCAGGACAGAAUACAGAGAUGUCUUGUACGAAGGCACAGUGAUUUGCCUGAAUCUUGUGAAAAAGAAAGCUGUGGAAUUGGCUAACAAGGGCCAGAAAGAUCUUGACUCGGGAACGUCUCUGUUUAGCAUUAUCAACAAGCUGCAGGACCAAGGGAAAAAAAGGGAUUCUGCUGCCAAAUUAGCAGAGGCUAUUGAGAGCCUGACUGAAGAAAAACCAAAAGCAAAAAAAGUAAAAAAGAGUGACACAGAAGACAAAGUGAAAGGCACAGAGAAAAUACUAGGUAUUACCCCAAGGGAGGCUUCAAUUGCGAGCACAGUGCUGCGUAAAAUAGCCUACCUUCUAGGUGAUGAAGCUUCUACUAUGGGUCCAAGAUCAAUCAAUCAUAGCCCAACAGAUUCUGAUAGAAUGUCAAGUUUCAGUCUGGAGACUGAAAGUUCACCAGUCAUUUCAAAGAAUAUGGGAAUGCUGAUAAAGGAUCCAUCAGACCCUGAAAGAUUUAGAAACGUGAUUGUUGAUAAACCAAAGGAGAGGGAAUUGAAAUUAAAGGCUGCUGCAUCUAAGAAGCCCACCUACACAAUGCUGAAUGGCCUUUUAGAAUUAGUUUUUAGUCGUAAGGAGUUGUCUUCCUCCUCAGGUUUAGGACUAAGGAAGAAAAAAGAAAAUUCUCCCAAAGGACAAGUGUUAAAUGGGCCACCACUUGAUGCCUUGAAGGUGUCAGCUAUCAAAGAAUAUUUGCGCUACCACUGUGAACAGAACAGCUGGACCAAUUUGACAGCAGCUGAAUUCAAUAUGACCAUCACAAACAAGAUUACAAAUUCGAGGAGGAUAGCAUCCAAACAUCCAAGUCUUAAAGUGCCUCAAAUUGCUGUAAAAGGAACUUCUACAUCUGCAGAAAAAUAA